AGUUCGCAUCAGUUGGCCGCCGCGUGGGCUUAGGGGCGUCUAGUCCGGGACGGCUGGAAGGGCGGGGCCUUCUCCAAUGGCUUUUCCUCCGCGGGUCCGGUCCGCCGGGGAGGGGAAGAGAGAGCUGGGCCGUAGGGGCGGCUCCCAGUUUGUGCCGGGCGGAGAAAGGGGAGGGACUGGACCGUCGCGGAGGACCCCCUUCUACUCCCCUCCCCACUCCCGCCCUCUGGGCCGGUCUCCGCCGAUGGGGCAGGGCGAGGGGGCGGGCUUUGCGCCUGGGGCCCAGCAGCAACUCCAGCUCACUAGGCCCUGUCGGGGGUCUGCCGGUGCCUCCUGGGGCCGCGGGCCUUUGGCUCCGUCCUUGUCGGGGGGCGGGGUAGGUGAGAAUUAGGCGCUUUGGAGGGGGCAGAGGGUAUCACCACCGUGCCAGCAGCAGCACCGCUUCUGGCGUAGAAACAAGACAGAGAGAGACGGGACGACGCCCCCUACCCUCUCGGUCAAGCAGCUGCUUUUCCUGCUUCUCUAGGAUUCGAACCAGGAGCCCGGGAUCGGAGGGACGCGCGCACCGUUCGCCCUCCCGGGCCCGCCAGCCCACCGCUCUUCCCCAGCCGGAGAGCUGGAGGGAGGAGUUGCGAGAAGGCGGGGCCUAGGGAGGAGGCGGGGCCUGCAGAAAGGGCUGAAGAACUAGGGGUGGUAGUGGGAGAGAAUUCCCCCCCGCCCCCCACGCCGAGGGAAAAAAAUCCCAACAACUCCCAACUGACAGGCGAGCUUUCCUCGCUGGCCACUGUCUUGGGCAGAGCACGGAUUUGACAGCUCCCCGGCGGGAGGACGGCCGCUGAACCCGCCGGGCAGGAGAGCGAGCUUUCCUGGCUCCUUCCAAAGACCUCAAACCCAGGCGAGAUAUUACGUGGUCUGCUGGUGCCCUUUGCCCGUUAUUUUUUAACUCUCUUCAGAAAAAAAGACCUUCCUUCCAAGACUGCCUCUUGUUGGAGUGAACUUUGUAUAGUAGAGCAUCGGUUUCAGAGACUCCGCCGUCUGAUGUUUUCAUUGUCCCCAAAACGAGUCUGCGAUUGACGAUUGAAAUUCUAUGGUUGACCCCCAAACUUGAGCCCAAGCCAAAACUGCUUUCAUCUCUGGGUGCUCUCGAGGUGUUUUUGGUGACAUGUUGAAAAGAGACUGAAGAUUGGUCGGGGGGUGGGGGGCGUGGAGAGGAGAAACCCAAGGACGCUGAGGAUGGCUGAGGGGGAGAAUGAAGUUAGGUGGGAUGGAUUGUGCAGCAGAGAUUCAGCUACCAGAGACACAGCGCUGGAAAACAUUAAACAAGCGAUCUUGAGGAAAACGGAGCCUCUUCGUUCUGUGAAAGAGCCGCCUUAUCGUUCAUCAGAACCGCUUUUAAAUGCUGCCUCUUGGGAUGGGUUCAAUAAAAUCCUUGCUCGUCUGCUCAUGCUUUCCAAGCGGUGUCCCUUUAAAGAUGUAAGAGAGAAAAGUCAAUCUAUUUUGAAGUGUGUCCAGGAACUUGGAAUUAGAAUUCCUCGACCACUAGGACACGGACCAAGCAGAUUCAUCCCAGAGAAGGAGAUUCUUCAAGUGGGUAAUGAAGAUGCCCAGAUGCACACUUUGUUUGAAGAUUCUUUUGCUGCUUUGGGUCGUUUGGAUAAUAUUACCUUAGUGAUGGUUUUUCAUCCACAGUAUCUAGAAAGUUUCUUAAAAACCCAACACUAUCUACUACAGAUGGAUGGGCCACUCCCUCUUCAUUACCGACACUACAUUGGAAUAAUGGCUGCAGCAAGACACCAGUGCUCCUACCUAGUGAACCUCCAUGUAAAUGAUUUUCUCCAUGUUGGAGGAGACCCCAAGUGGCUCAAUGGUCUAGAGAAUGCACCUCAAAAACUGCAAAAUUUGGGAGAACUAAACAAAGUGUUAGCCCAUCGGCCUUGGCUUAUUACCAAAGAACAUAUUGAGCAACUUUUGAAGGCUGAAGAGCAUAGUUGGUCCCUUGCCGAAUUGGUACAUGCAGUAGUUCUGCUCACACACUAUCAUUCUCUUGCCUCUUUCACAUUUGGCUGUGGAAUCAGUCCAGAAAUUCAUUGUGAUGGUGGCCACACCUUUCGACCUCCUUCUGUCAGUAACUACUGCAUCUGUGAUAUUACAAAUGGCAAUCACAGUAUGGAGGAGAUGCAUGUUGCGGGAAGUGUUUCAAUAGCUGAUUCUUUUUGUGAGGUUGAAGCCCUCAUGGAGAAAAUGAAACAGUUACAGGAGUGUCGUGAUGAAGAAGAAGCAAGUCAGGAAGAGAUGGCUUCACGUUUCGAGAUUGAGAAAAGAGAGAGCAUGUUUGUUUUUUCAUCAGAUGAUGAAGAAGUUGCACCAGCAAGAGAUGUAUCACGACACUUUGAGGACACUAGUUAUGGUUAUAAAGAUUUCUCUAGACAUGGGAUGCAUGUGCCAACAUUUCGAGUUCAGGACUAUUGCUGGGAAGACCACGGUUACUCUCUGGUUAAUCGUCUUUAUCCAGAUGUGGGACAGUUGAUUGAUGAAAAAUUCCACAUUGCUUACAAUCUGACAUAUAAUACAAUGGCAAUGCAUAAAGACGUAGAUACAUCAAUGCUUAGGCGUGCAAUUUGGAACUAUAUUCACUGCAUGUUUGGAAUAAGAUACGAUGACUAUGACUAUGGGGAAAUUAAUCAGCUUUUGGAUCGUAGCUUCAAAGUUUAUAUCAAAACUGUAGUCUGCACUCCUGAGAAGGCCACAAAAAGAAUGUAUGAUAGCUUCUGGAGGCAAUUCAAGCACUCUGAGAAGGUUCAUGUUAAUUUGCUUCUUAUAGAAGCUCGGAUGCAAGCUGAACUACUUUAUGCUCUGAGAGCCAUUACUCGCUAUAUGACCUGAUAUCUUUACUCGGUUCAAAAAGUUGAUGGAAUGAUCAGAAGAUGGUGUCUACGAGGAGGGGAGGAAUGGAGCCCCAGGACCAAUGGUAGAUGCAGCAUUCACACCUCCAUUGUGCCAUGAUUCCUUUAGUUUCUGCUCUUUACUGUGGGCAUGAGCAGGCAGUGCUUGGCUCCUCCUUCAAGGUUAGAGCUGUGAAAAAGGGCUGCAGUUCACCGGCUUCUGCUUUAUUACAGUUUGAGAAGCUGUGUAACUCUCCAAAUCCCAUUGCUUUUCUGAUAAGAUAACCAGAGUUGGAGCAUGCCACAAUGGGACUUGGAUAAUGACUAAAGCUUAGUGACGCAUAAGGAAUUUUAGAAGAUUUUGGUGCUGCUCUUCCUGCCAGUAGAAAGAAUUGGACUGGCUGCCCCAGUUAAGCUAUUAGAAAUACAGUGAACACUGCUACUAUCUGAGCCUCUGUAAUUUGUGUGGUUUAAAACAAAACUUGCAUAUGUGUUAAUUUUAAAUUUAAAAACCUAGACAAGCCUCACAUCUCAGCAAUGACCGUUUUGAAAGUUAACAGUUAAUUUUCUUCACUGUAGUUUGCUUUUGAAAAUACUAUAUAGGACAAGUUUUAUUUUAAACAUUUAGUUACUGUAUGACAACAAUUAUGCUGGCCUUCCUAAGAAGAUCGAGUCCUUCACAGUGCAGUCUUUCAGGAAAGUGCCUAAGCUACAAGCACUGCUGACAGCCACAGGACAUGUUUCCUCGGGUAGUUUCUGACACUGGCGGGCAGGCAGGCAGCGUGCUGGAGUUUUGUGUCUAGCACCUCGACUGAGCAGUUCUAAGGGUAUUAUACCUAUAGCCCCCAUGUUGAUAGUGGUGCAGGUCCUUAGUUAAUAAAGCUGUAAAACAUGUAGUAUGGUAAAAACAAAUUUCAUUUACAAAAAAAAAAUUGCUAACUUUGAAAUGCAAACUGGUUUGGAAAAUGUAUUGAGAACUUUGUAUUAUGGAAGCGUGAACUGCUUUAAAGUCUGUCAGUAUUAUUGGUCUUUUUAAAUAAAGGAUAAUUUUUUUCUCCA